AUGGCCGACGACAAGCUGCCCUCGGGGGCUCCCAAAACCUCUGCAACCUUAAGCAGCAACCUCUUGUCUUCUCCUCCUAGGGCGCCGCCCAGCCAAGGCAGCAGGGAACGCCGCAACCCUUCGAUCACGCCUCGCAAGUUCCGGAGGUUCUUCACGCCUCGCUCACGCGUCUCGUCCAACCCUAGCGCUGCCAGGACAGCUCUCCGUGACCUCACAGCCCCGGCUCUCAACCGCUGCCAGACUCCUUCGAGCCCCCUGAAGCCCAUAUCAGAGGAGCUCACCUUCGACGACUUGCCAAGUCUCCACGAUGCACAGCAGCGGCCCAAACGCCGCAAGGUCCAGCAUGACACCCCCGACCGCUUGCCAUCGUACUUGCCCUCUCCUUUGGAUUCGUCACCCGCUCUACUUCCGACCCCUGAACUGAGACGGGGACCACAAAGCCCCAUCCGGUCUCUGCAAGCCCGCCGCUCUGCCCAAGAUGACAUCGAUACGUAUGACUCGGCGUCCGAGGACAACGAGGACGAAGAAGUACCUGCAGACCAGACAUCGUACAAGAGACCUGUACCACUACACCGUCGAGGACUAGGAGGGCAACUCUUGCAGCGCAUGACGGGCAGUCUGUCGCGUGCUAAUGGCCGAACUUUGUUGCAUCCCGUUGCAGACUGGAGAUCAGAAACAGCCAACUUUUAUACAAAGCCAGAAGACGCUCACUCUUGCACCAGCCAUGAAGGCGCACCGCGGAGUAUCCCAUUCUGCACAGCGAGCUGUAAUAAAAGCAGCCUGGUUGCAGUUGGUGACGAAGAAGGCUAUGUGCGGCUUCUAGAUUCAGACAAGGACUUUUCCAAGAUUCAUCUGUCAUUUCCAGCCCACGGCAAUGCCAUCAUCGACUUGGCCUUCUCCGACGACGACUAUCUCCUAGCCACGGCAUCGGGAGACCAGACCGGUAGAGUAAUCGACAUGAUGACACAAACGCCCAUUUCAAUAUUGGGCCACCACACGGCAUCCCUCAAGCAGGUGCGCUUCCAGCCGGGGCGUGGCUCCAACUGCGUCCUGGCAACGUCGGGCCGUGACGGCAGUGUGCAAAUCUUGGACCUGCGGUGCCAGGGUGGCCCAGUUCAGGAGAUCACCCCCAUUCGAUCUGAGGCAGGGCUUCAUCACCGUUCUUCCCAGACCGUGGAUUCGGGCUGCGUCGUCAACAGCAUCUACGAUGCACACGCCAGGAUCUCAAGGAAAGACGCUCGGGCACAGUCGUCCAGCAACUCCGCCACGGGGCCCUCGGGUGACGUUGCGCGCAUAGGCGAGGUACCAGGGCGCUUUGGUGAAGUGUCCGUCACGGCACUUCAGUUCCUGCCGCCGGGUCGCGAGCACUUGCUCUUGACAGCCUGUGAAGCGGACGCGAGCAUCAAGCUAUGGGACAUACGCGCGGUACACACGAGCCGAAACCACAAGCACAGCACCCCUGUGUCGUUCACAGCGCCGCCGGCCAGCCACAUCGCGUGGCGGCCCUUUGGCAUCUCGUCUAUGACGCUAGGUGGCGACGGCUCCCGCCUGUACGCCUUGUGCAAGGACAACACCGUUUACACCUACAGCACUGCCCACCUUGUUCUUGGCCACGCUGCAGAACUUGCUGCGGCCCCGCCCGGCGCCGACCCUCCGCGCAGACGACACCAUCACCACGGCACGGCCCACCAAGGGCUCGGCCCCCUGUACGGCUUCCGCCACCCCCUUUUCCACGCCACAAGCUUCUACGUCAAGUCGAGCCUGCGGCCAGCGCGCGACGGCCUUUCGGAGCUGCUUGCUGUUGGCAGCAGCGACGGCUGCACGGUACUGUUCCCCACGGACGAGCGCUAUGUCCGAGAAGCGUGGGAGCCGCGCGCCCAGGGCGAGCAAGAAGAGGGAGACGACGAGGGAACAACAGCAGCAGAAGAAGACGAGAAAUCGUACCUGGUAGGCGAGUCAACAGCCGGCCUCCCUGUAAUAAGCAGCGGCAGAUCCCGACGACCAUGGCUCCUCGGCAGUAGCGGCAGGAGCCUCGUGCGCGCAAACAGCAUGACCAACAUCUUCGCCGCGCGCCAGGCCGACGCCAUGCCCGUGGUCCGCCGCGGCACUCCCCUCGUCCGCGGCCACGACAAGGAGGUCGGCGCCAUGACCUGGACGAGCACCGGCAAGCUCAUCACCGUCGGCGAUGACUACCUCAUCCGCUGCUGGAGCGAGGACCGCGAGGCAGCCAGCGACCUGCGCCUCGGCGGCGAGACGGGCGGCCGCCGCUGGGGCUGCGGCUGGGCCGACGUCGGCGACGCCUGGGACGGCGACAAGGAUGAUUGGUGA